UAAAGCAAAUAUUGUUUUAACUAUUGAUAAUCAACGUGGUUUACAAGCUCUAUUUGAUUAUAUUAUUUAUUUAGGCAUUAAACCUAAUGAAGUUUUACCAUAUUUUUUUCAAUCAACUCGUAUACAUACUGAUUCUGGUAUGGCAACAGUUGGAACUUAUCUAUUAGCAUUAUUUAAACAUCAAAUAACAAGUUGGCUUGGUACAAGUCCACAUUUUAUAAUUAAUAAUAUUGGUGAAAUAAAAACAGUUGAUCAAUGUCGUUUAAUUGUUUCUUUUCUAACAAUUGUUCUUGAUUUAUGUAGUCGUGAAAAAGAUAUACGUCAACAAUGUGGUCGACAAUUUGUUGAUGGUAUAUAUACAUGUUGGCCAUUAUUUAUUUUACUUUAUCGUUCAACAAAUAUUG